UCCAAUAUAGACAUGUUUCUUGUUUAGUAUAUCCCCAGAUCAGCGAUCACCACGGAAUUGCGAAGCCAAGUAAAACGCGGGCCCGCGUACUCCGACCCCGGUUUCCAUUAGAUUCUUGGGGCCCGGCCUCGGCAGCGACGACACCGGUCACCGGCUAUGUGUAAAUAAACGCACUCCUCGGCGAGCUUCAUGUCUUUGCCCCGUCACGCCUCUUAUCUCCGUUGCUUCUCCCUCCCUGUUCCAUCCGUCCACAGUUCUUGUGGGAACCCAGGGAUCGAUCUUGACUGGGACGUCGCCACCUUAUUCUCCCGUACGUCUAGCUUGGUCCCGACCACCGGCAAGCGGCAACCAAAUGCGCAUACUGCCCCUGUGAACUCUCCAACUCCAAGCUACUGCUAGCCUAGCCACAUGGAGCUGAACAAGGUGCUGUACAUGUACGCUGCCACCGUGGCGCUACUGCUCUGCUCCUCGGCGAACUUCAUACAGAGCCCCUCCGACGUGCUGGGCUCCGUGGCGCUCCAGGAUCCGACGCCCUCCGCGGCGCACGACUUCGGCGCCGUGGUCUCCGAUGCGCCCGUCGCGGUGAUGCAGCCCGGGUCCCCCGCCGACAUCGCGCGGCUCCUGAGCGCGCUGUCCUCCGCGGGGCCGGACCGCCGCCCGAAGGCGGCCGUGGCGGCGCGUGGCGCGGGGCACUCGCUGCACGGGCAGGCCCAGGCGCGCGGCGGCAUUGUGGUGGAGACGCGCGCCCUGCCGCGCCUCGUGGAGGUGGUGCGGCGCGGGGACGGGGACGGGGACGGGGACGGCGGCGCGGCGUACGCGGACGUGGGCGCCGGCGCGCUGUGGGUGGAGGUGCUGGAGGAGUGCCUGAGGGCCGGGCUGGCGCCGCGGUCGUGGACGGACUACCUGUACCUGACCGUGGGCGGGACGCUGUCGAACGGCGGCAUCAGCGGGCAGGCGUUCAAGCACGGCCCGCAGAUCAGCAACGUGCUGCAGCUGGAGGUGGUCACAGGCACAGGGGAGGUGGUGACAUGCUCGCCCACCCAGAGCCCGGAGCUUUUCUUCGCCGUUCUUGGUGGGCUCGGCCAGUUCGGUAUCAUAACCAGGGCAAGGAUCCCGCUGCAACUUGCUCCGCCCAAGGUGAGAUGGGUGAGGGCCUUCUACGACAGCUUCGAGACCUUCACCAAGGACCAGGAGCUGCUGGUCUCAAUGCCGGAGCUGGUGGACUACGUGGAGGGGUUCGUGGUCCUGAACGAGCAGUCCCUCCGCAGCUCCUCCGUCGCCUUCCCCGCCCAGGUCGACUUCAGCCCGGACUUCGCCUCCGGCGCCGGCAGCAACAAGGUCCACUACUACUGCAUCGAGUUCGCAGUGCAUGAAUUCCAACAGCAAGACUCCGCCGCUGAUCACGUUGUGGACCUGGUCUCGGGGCAGCUGAGCUAUCUGAGGCCCCACGCGUACAGCGUGCAGGUGGCCUACCUGGAUUUCCUCAACAGGGUGCGGAUGGAGGAGGAGAGCCUCAGGAGCCGGGGCCUCUGGGACGUGCCGCACCCCUGGCUCAACCUCUUCGUGCCCAGGCAUGGCGUCGCGCGCUUCAAGGACCUGCUCAUGGACACCAUCACGCAGGGAGACUUCGAGUUCGAGGGGCCCGUCCUCGUCUACCCCCUCCUCGCUAACAGGUGGGACGGCAACACGUCGGCGGUGGUUCCGGCGGCGCCGGACGGGGUGAUGUACGUCUUCAGCGUGCUCCGGUCGACGGACCCGGCGCGGUGCGGCCGCGCCUGCGUGGAGGGGAUCCUGGAGCAGCACCGCCGGCUUGCCGACGAGGCCUGCCGGCGCCUCGGCGCCAAGCAGUACCUGGCCCGGCAGCCGUCGCCGGCGCACUGGCGCGACCACUUCGGGGCGAGCUGGGACCGGUUCGUGGCCCGGAAGGCCCGCUUCGAUCCCUCGCACGUGCUUGGGCCGGGCCAGGGGAUUUUCCCGUGGACGGACUCCGCGACCGCGAGCUCGGUGUGACGGUGUUGGUGGUGGCCUGGUGGGCUAUGGUUCCCACUCAGGUACAGGUACUUAGCUGAGGAAGUAAGUAGCUAAGCUGAUGAGUAGCCCGAUGAAUGAUGCUAGUUUUAGAUGAGACAUUGUUAUCCAGGCGGAAUUCAUAGGUAUUUUGUUUAGGGCCUUUGGCAUAUACGACGAUCCUCCAUUCUCCAGAUUCAUAUACGACGAUCCUCCCAUUCUCCAA